AUGAAUUCUAAAAAAAAUUCCAAACCUUCUGAAAAACAGCAUCAACUUUUUAAUAAUAAUAAUAAUAAUAAUAAUAAUAAUAAUAAUAAUAAUAAUAAUAAUAAUAAUAAUAAUAAUAAUAAUAAUAAUAAUAAUAAUAAUAAUAAUAAUAAUAAUAAUAAUACUAAUGAUACAGUAUUCGACCAAACCAUCGAUUUUUCAGAGACAAAAAUGAAGGCAAUGGUAAAUGAAGUAUUAAAGAGUAAUUCACCACCAACAUCAUCUUCUGCAUCAUCAGCAUCAUCUAUUUCAUCAUCUAGUUCUAUCACUACAACAAUGACAAAUUCGACAACAGCAGCAGCAACACCAUCAUCUACAGCAUUAAAGAAGACGGCACCAGUUAUACCAAAUCUAUCAUUCCCAAUCAUAACUUUUGAUACACCUAAAACACCAAGAAUGAGUGGUGGUAGUAGUAAUAAUAGUAGUAAUAAUAGUAGUAAUAAUGGUUCACCCUUAUCACCAACAACUCCAAAAUCACCUUCAAUAUCAUGUUUACCUCAUCAUCUAAUUCACCAUCAACAACAACAACCUCCCCAACCACAACAAUAUAUACCAUUAUCCCCAAGAGGUUCAAUACUUAGGUCUAAUUCUCAACAACAUCAACACCAACACCAACAACAACAACAACAACAACAUCAACAACAACAACAACAACAACAACAACAACAACAACAACAACAACAACAACAACAACAACAACAACAACAACAACAACAACAACAACAACAACAACAACAACAACAACAACAACAACAGCAGCAACAACACCAACAUCAACAACAGCAUUUCCAUUCCCAUUACCAACAAAAUCAUACUCAACUAUUAACACCACAAUCACUUUCACUUUUAAAUUUUGACAGCGACGAAGGAGAUAAUAAUAAUUUUAAUAACAAUAGUAAUAAUAAUAAUAAUAAUAAUAAUAAUAAUAAUAAUAAUAAUAAUAAUAAUAAUAGAAAUGAUGAUAACUUAAGAGUAAUUGAAGAGUUGGAUGAGGAUGACGAUGAUUAUUUAUCAAGUGACAGCUAUGAUUCAUCUAGACCAUCAUCAUCAGUUGACUUGAAUCAAACUAAGAUGUUUACAACAGCUGAUAUAAUUUCAUCAAUACCAUUAUCUUCAUCCUCAUUCUCUUCAACUACUACUUUUGAAAGUAAUAGUAACAUUAAUAGUAGUAAUAGUAAAAUAAAACUACCAACUAUAAAUUUAUCUCAAAUGAAUAAUAUUAAUCAAAAUAAUAAUAAUAACUCUAAUAAUAAUAAUAGUAAUAGUAAUAGUAAUACUAAUAAUGGAAAUAACACACAACCAAAGAAAUUUACUUUUAGUUUACCUUUAUCAAUGUUAAAUAAUAAUAAUAAUGUUAACAAUGGAAAUAAUAGUAAUAAUAGUAAUAAUAAUAACAAUAGUAUUAGCGGUAAUAAUAAUAAUAAUAAUAAUAAUAAUAAUAAUAAUAAUAAUAAUAAUAAUAAUAAUAAUAAUAAUAAUAAUAAUAAUAAUAAUAAUAAUAAUAAUAAUAAUAAUAAUAAUAAUAAUAAUAAUAAUAAUAAUAAUAAUAAUAAUAAUAAUAAUAAUAAUAAUAAUAAUAAUAAUAAUAAUAAUAAUAAUAAUAAUAAUAAUAAUAAUAAUAAUAAUAAUAAUAAUAAUGGAACGUCAUCUUCAUCAUCGGCAACGGCAGCAUCAGCAUCAGGAAUUUUGUUAUCACCAAGAUUGAUGUCACCUAGACUUACAACAGUAAUACAAGCCCCAGCAAGUACAGCAUCAAAUCCUUUAACAGUUAUGUCACCAAGAAGACAAUCAAUGGCGAAUAUAAAUUCUUUGGCACCCGGUUGGUCAAGUAAAAGUUUAGAAUUUCUUCAUAGCGAUAUGAAAAAAAGUAAGAAAUCAAAAUCUGAUAGUCAACAAGAAAGAGAUGACACCGUUCAAUUGGGUAGUAUUAUUGAAUUCGAUGUUAAUAAUAAUAAUAAUAAUAAUAAUAAUAAUAAUAAUAAUAAUAAUAAUAAUAAUAAUAAUAAUAAUAAUAAUAAUAAUAAUAAUAAUAAUAAUAAUAAUAAUAAUAAUAAUAAUAAUAAUAAUAAUAAUAAUAAUAAUAAUAAUAAUAAUAAUAAUAGUAAUAAUAGUAGUAGUAAUAAUAAUAUUAAUAAUAAUAAUAUUAAUAACAAUUAUAAUAGUAAUUAUAAUAAAAGUAUUAAUAAUAAUAGUAUUAAUAAUAAUAAUAAUAAUAAUAAUAAUAAUAAUAAUAGUAGUAUUAAUAAUAAUGGUAUAAAUAAUGGUAGUAAUUAUAAUAGUAAUAAUAAUAGCAACAAUAUAAACAAUCAAAUAUACCAACAGCAACAACAGCAACAAUUCAAACAACAACAACAAAUACAGGAUCAAGUAUAUAAACAACAAGAUGAAUCAAUAACCCCAAGAGAGUUGAGCAGAAGAAAUAGCAGUAGUGGCCUUAUUUUAAAUUCACCCAGCCGAAAUAACAAUAUCAAUAACAUUAACAACAAUAACGGUAGUACCAAGAAAGGGACCACUAAGUUACCAACAUUAAAAUUACAAAAUAUCAACAAUAGUUAUAACAAUAAUAAUAACAACAUUAAUAAUAAUAACAACAUUAAUAAUAUUAAUAAUAACAACAUUAAUAAUAAUAAUAAUAAUAAUAAUAAUAAUAACAACAUUAAUAACCAAAGUGUACCAUUAAUCCCAAAUACGGUCAAUAAUAUUCCAAAUGCACCACCACCACCAGUUUAUGAACCUGUUGACAAACAAUAUAAGACCAUCAAGCAUCCAUUAACUAGGGUUUCCUCUGAACCUUCUAUUAGAUUUAAUGGAAUGCCAAUACAGCAACUACAACUACAACAGUUACAACAACCGCAAAUACAACAACAACAACAACAACAACCGCAAAUACAACAACAACAACAACAACAACAACAACCGCAACAACAGCAACAACAACAACAACAGCAACCACAAAUACAACAACAACAACAACAACCUAAUGUAAAUUUAAACAACAAUGGAAAACCAUAUAUUCCUAAGGUACAAUUAAAUACUUUAAAAACGCAAGACCCAGACAAACCUCUAUUUUCACCAAGAUUACAAAGUCAGAUGUCACCUCAUCCUAGUAAUAUGUACAAUAAUAAUAAUAAUAAUAAUAAUAAUAAUAAUAAUAAUAAUAAUAAUAAUAAUAAUAAUAAUAAUAAUAAUAAUAAUAAUAAUAAUAAUAAUAAUAAUAAUAAUAAUAAUAAUAAUAAUAGUAAUAAUUAUAAUAGUAAUAAUAAUUAUAAUAAUAAUAGCAAUAAUAGCUAUAGCUAUAAUAAUAAUAAUACUACUAAUAAUAAUAGCAGUAUUAAUAUAAAUAAUAACAAUAAUAGCAAUAAUAAUUUUAACUAUAAUAAUAAUAAUAAUAAUAAUAAUAAUAAUAAUAAUAAUAAUAAUAAUAAUAAUAAUAACUACAACCAUAGCAAUGGAGGCAAUAAUAGUAAUAGUUCAUUAAAUGAACAAUCACUCGAUCAAAGUUUCACAUCACCAAUGAUUUUUGAGAUUGCGAAUAAAUUAAAAGCAAUGGAUCCAUCUAAAAAGAAAUUAAUUAUGGAUUUAUUAUCUUCUGAUGAUUCAUCUACAACAAUUUAUCAACAUUUAAUGCAACAACAACAACAGCAGCAACAACAGCAUAAUCAAUAUGAUGAUGGAAAUGACAAUAAUAAUAGCAAUAGUAAUAGCAAUAAUAAUAAUAAUAAUAAUAGUAACAAUAAUGGUAAUAAUAAUAAACCAGUAAAGAAAAUAUCACCAUAUAAUACACCUCAUUCAUCACCAAUGAUGUCACCAUCACCAUCACCAAGAAUUGAUUUACGUGAUUUUAAUUUGGAUUAUUCAAAUAUUGAAAAGAAAAGACCCUCUUCAAUUAGAAAAAAGAUUGAAACGCAACAACAUCACCAACAACAAACCAAUCUACAACCUCAACAAAUCCUAUUACAACCACCACCACCAUCACCAUCAUUGACUCCAAGAAGUAUAUCAACACCAAUCUUAUCCUCACAAAUUAAUGUAAAUAAUGUUCAAUCGUCUACAUCCAAUAGACCAAAAUUCUCUUUAAAUUUUGAUCAAUUGGGUAACAAUAAUAAUAAUGUAAAUACACCAUUACAUACUGGUGCAUCAUCUGCUCGUUUAUCUUCAAAUAACAAUAACAAUAAUAGAAAAAUACCAACUGGUGGUUAUCCUAAUAAUACAACUUCUCCUGCCUCUGUUUUAGUUUCACCAAGAAGAUUUUCAAUUUCACCACCAACCAUCAAUAAUAAUAAUAAUAAUAUUAAUAAUAAUAAUAAUAAUAAUAAUAAUAAUAAUAAUAAUAAUAAUAAUAAUAAUAAUAAUAAUAAUAAUAAUAGUCACUCGAUAAACCAAGAAACUGAUAAUAAUUCACAACAAUACAUUGAAAGACCAUCACCAUCACCAUCACCAUCACCAUCACCAUCGCCAUCACCAUCACCAUCACCAAAUUUACAUUUACACACAUUCGAUUUACAGCAUGUUAUAAAUUCAACAGAGAAAUUGAAAUUAACAUCAAAUAAUAACAACAAUAGUAAUAAUAAUAAUAAACAACCAUCAACACCAAUUAUUGAAACGCAAUCAUUUGGAGCACCAUUAUUAACAUUAAAUCCAACUGGUAGAGUUAUUACAAUUAAUAUUUAUAGUACAUGGGGUGAUCAACAUUAUGUUGGAUUAUCAGGUAUUGAUAUUUUUGAUUCAAAUGGUUCCUAUGUGAAAUUAAAGGAUCCAAAAUCUCAAAUUAAAGCAUUUCCAAGUGAUUUAAAUGAUAUUAAUAAUAAUAAUAAUAAUAAUAACAAUAAUAAUAAUAAUAAUGUUAAUGGACAUUCUAAUAGAAAUCAUUAUCAACAUAGUAAUGAUCCAAGAACAAUCGAUAAAAUUAUGGAUGGACAUCCAAGAACUUGUGAUGAUAAUCAUCUUUGGUUAGCACCUUUUACAGCUGGUCAAGUGAAUACAAUCACCAUUACAUUGGAUUCGAAAAUUACACUUUCAUUAAUUAGAAUUUGGAAUUAUAAUAAAUCUAGAAUUCAUUCAUCAAGAGGUGCAAAAGAUAUUGAAAUCAAAAUUGAUAAUAGUUAUGUUAUCUUUAGAGGUUCAAUUAAAAAGUCACCUGGUAUCUUACAAGGUUGUGAACAAUAUUGUGAAUAUAUAGUUUUUACAAAUAAAGAGGAAAUAUUUAAUAGAAUUGAAGAGAAUGAUCCAUUUUCACCUUCUUUCAUUCAUGAUGAAAAUAAUAGUAAUAAUAAUAAUAAUAAUAAUAAUAAUAAUAAUAAUAAUAAUAAUAAUAAUAAUAAUAAUAAUAAUCAACCUUCCUUAAAAAAUGAUUAUUUCAAUUCAAAUCAUCAUUUACAAUCAUCAACACAACAUAAUAAUUAUCAACAUCAUCAAUUUAGUUUACAAGAUGAUUUGGAUCAGUAUGAUAUUCAAGAUAACACUACUACUACUACCAAUAAUCAAACUCAAGAUAAUUUAGAAGAAUUAAAUAAAAAAAAUAAUAAUGAAGAAGAAGAUGAUGAUGAUGAUGAAGAUGAUGAUGAAGACGAAGAUGAAGAUGACGAAGAAGAAGAUGUAAAAUUUUAUCAAGAAGCUAGAAAUAAUAGCAGUUAUAGUAGUGGUAAUAAUAAUAAUAAUAGUAAUAAUAAUAAUAAUAAUAUUAAUAGUAUUAAUAAUAAUAAUAUAAUUAAUCAUUAUAAUGAAAAAAUAAUUGGAGAAUAUAGAACACCACCAAUUUCACCAGUUAAAACUAAUUAUGGUUAUUUGGAAACACUUAGAACACCAUCAUCACCAAAAUUAUCAUUGUCAAAACCACCAUCAUCUUCGUCCACAACUUCAAUGUCAUCAUUAACAACAACAGCAACCACAACAACUCAAUCAAUGAUUAUUAGUGGUGAAUCAUCAUCAUCACCAUUAAGUGAAAAUGAUUAUUUCUUUCAAACUAAUCAUUAUCCAAAAGGUAGAAAAUUGAAAUUCUUAUUUUUAUCAACAUGGGGCGAUAGAUUCUAUAUGGGAUUAACAUCGAUUAUGGUAUUUGAUAAUGAAUAUAAACAAAUACCAAUUCAAGCUUCAAAUAUUACCGCUCAGCCAAAAGAUAUCAAUGAUGUACCUGGUCAUAGUGGCGAUUAUAGAACUUUAGAUAAAUUAAUUGAUGGUCAUAAUGUAACUACAAAUGAUAAACAUAUGUGGUUAAUUCCAUUCUCUCCCUCAAAAGAACAUGUUCUUACGAUUGAUUUAGGUAACGUUUUUUCAAUAUCUUGUAUUCGUAUUUGGAACUAUAAUAAAAGUUUGGAUGAUGCUUCAAGAGGUGCUAAAAAAGUUAAUAUAUUUUUAGAUGGUCAAUCAUUAUCACCACCACCAGCAGCAGCAGCAUCAUCAUCAUCAUCAUCAUCAUCACCUCUUAAUAAUAUUCAAAAUAAUAAUCAAAAUAAUUAUGGAUUUAUUUUUAGAAAAGCACCAGGUAAUAGUACAUUUGAUUUUGGUCAAACAAUUUCAUUUUUUAAUUGGGACAAACUUAAUAAUAAUAAUAAUAAUAAUAUAAAUAAUAAUAAUAAUCCACCUUCCUCAUGUAGUAGUGGUACAGAUCAAAAUAAAAUAUCACAAUAUUCAAGUGGAUUUGUAUUAAAGUUAGUAAUAAUUUCAAAUUAUGGUGAUAGAAAUUUCGUUGGUUUACAUGCGAUUGAAAUUUAUGAUCAAAAUGAUACAAUUAUUAAACCAAAUAAAAGUAGUGUUCUAUCUAAUGAUGUAAAGAAUUCUUACAAAUUGAUUGGUAAUAAUUUAAGUUUUCAAGAGAGUGAAGGAUUUUUAAUUCCUUAUUUUUCAGUUAGUUUUGGAAAUAGUAAUAAUAAUAAUGGUAUGUCACCACUUUACCACCAACAACAACAACAACAAUAUCAAUUGGGUGGUAAUAGUGUAUCUUAUAAUUCACGUGGUCUUGAAAUACCAUCAUUUUCAAAAGAAAGUAAUGUCAUUUACUUUUAUUUCGACUCACCAAUAACUGUUGGUAAAAUUAAAAUCUGGAAUUAUUUUAAAAAUAUAUCACAAGCCAUAAAAGAAUAUUCAAUCUAUUUAGAUGACCUUUUAAUUAAUCAAGGUACACUUCAAAAACCAACAAUUGAAAAUCAAAAUCAAAAUUUUAUUAACCCUCAAAAUAUUUCUUUAACAUUUGAAGAAAGUUGCAUUGCUUUAGCAAAAGAUCAUCCAAACCCGACAGUAAAAAAUAUUUUAAUUUUCUUUUUUUAUUUAAUAUAUUUUUUAUUUUUUUAUUUUUUAUUUUUUUCAUAUAUAUUUAAUUUUGAUUGUAUUUUGGUAAAUAUGAAUUCAUUGUAUAGAACUAAAGAAAUAACUAGAUAUACUUUGGUUAGUACAAGCGAUAAAGAUGAUAUCAUAUUCAAUAAUUUUGAAAAUAAUAUUGGCAGAGAUGAAUUAAAAAAAAGUAAGGAAGAUGUAAAAUUUAAAGUUUAUACAGAAAUGGCUAGUUAUUUAAAAUAA